AGGGUGGAGGGAGAUACAAUGAGCUGGAUUCCUAAGCACGUUUUGUUGUGGACUCUCCUGCACAGCACGGCUCACCCGCUGGGACGGGGAACAGCUGAGCAUCGUGAACAUAGCAUGUUCAGUGGUGGAUUCAAAAUGCGGAAAUUGUGCAAGUUUUGUGAUGUUAAAUUAACAACCUGCACCAACGAAGGUCAUUGUUGCAGUAACUGCAACAUCACUGCUAUUUGUGAAGGCGAGAAUGAAAUCUGUGCAGCUGUUUGGAGAAAGAAUAAUGGAAACAUAACUCUAGAAACAAUAUGCCAUGACCCUAUGCUAAAGCUCCAUGGAUACAAAUUGGAUGAUUUCAAUUCAAAAAAAUGCAUCAUGAAAGAAAAGAAAGGAGUUGGAGGACUGCUAUUUAUGUGUUCCUGCAAAGAUGAUGAAUGCAAUGAUGAAAUUAUUUUUUCAGAAAAUACCACCUCAAGUACAGAAGUAAAAUAUGUGAUACUUUUGGUCGCAGUUAUAUGCCUUGUCCCGUUGCUGGUGAUUGCCAUUGCUGUGAUCAUUAUAUUUUACUUUUACCGUGUUCAGAGGAGGAGGAAGCUCAACAAGGCAUGGGAGAAAAAUGUGAAGUCCAGGAAGCACAAAGACUGUAGUGAUGUUUGUGCCAUUAUGUUGGAUGAUGAUCGCUCUGAUAUCAGUUCUACGUGUGCUAAUAAUAUUAACCAUAAUACCGAAUUGCUGCCCAUUGAGUUGGACACUUUGGUAGGCAAAGGGCGAUUUGCAGAAGUCUAUAAGGCUAAACUGAAACAAAAUACAUCAGAACAGUUUGAAACAGUGGCUGUCAAGAUCUUCUCCUAUGAAGAAUAUGCCUCCUGGAAGACUGAGAAAGACAUCUUUUCUGACAUAAAUUUAAAACAUGAGAAUAUCCUACAGUUCCUUACAGCAGAGGAGCGCAAGACAGAUCUAGGCAAACAAUAUUGGUUGAUCACUGCUUUCCAUUCAAGAGGCAACUUGCAGGAGUACCUCAUAAAACACAUAAUUAGCUGGGAGGAUCUCUGGAAACUGGGUGGCUCUUUGGCUCGUGGGAUUGCCCACCUUCAUAGUGACCACACACCUUGUGGCCGACUCAAGACACCUAUUGUCCACAGAGACCUGAAGAGCUCCAAUAUCCUGGUAAAGAAUGAUCUGGCCUGCUGUCUUUGUGACUUUGGGCUGUCGCUGCGGCUGGAUCCAACUCUCUCAGUUGAUGACCUGGCCAAUAGUGGGCAGGUUGGUACAGCAAGAUACAUGGCUCCUGAAGUCCUGGAAUCCAGAAUGAACUUGGAUAAUGUUGAAUCCUUCAAGCAGACUGAUGUGUAUUCCAUGGCUUUGGUUCUGUGGGAAAUGACAUCUCGCUGCAAUGGUGUUGGAGCAGAGGUGAAAGACUAUGAGCCACCAUUUGGUUCAAAAGUGCGAGAACAUCCGUGUGUAGAAAGCAUGAAGGACAAUGUUUUGAGGGACAGAGGACGGCCAGAGAUUCCUAGCUCAUGGCUCAACCAUCAGGGUAUCCAGAAGGUGUGCGAGACCAUUGUUGAGUGUUGGGAUCAUGAUCCUGAGGCCCGGCUGACUGCGCAGUGUGUAGCUGAGAGGUUCAAUGAUUUUGAGUACCAAGACAGACUCUCGGGAAGAAGCAGUUCAGAAGAGAAGAUCGCUGAAGAGAGCUCUGGCAACAGUGCCAAGUAACAGCUGACAAGACCAGAGCAAUGUCCACUGUUAGGUUCUUCAUGCUCAGCCUUGAAGUAAGAAGGAGUCUUUACCGUUGGACCUAGUUGCUGUGACACCGAAGAGCUGCUUUUUCCUCCACCCUGCAGCUCCAGAGAAAAGAAAUGACUUCAUGGGGGAAGCCAUGAUGGGCCGUGUGCAGCACCGUGGCAUAGCAGUCGCUUCCUUAACUGUGCCAUAGGAUAAGCUAUGUUGGUGCUUCCUGAGAAAAUCAGAUUGUAUUACAAUGCCAAUAACAGUUGCACUUUAUCAAUGUAUAACUGUAUAUAAAACUAUGGAAAAGCAAUAGUAGGUAUACAUACAGCAAAGCUCUGCAAAGAGUCUUCCAGGAUACUUCUAAUAGAUAGAAAAUUGCAGAUAUCUGCUAAGAUACUGGCAGCAGCAUUGCCUUACUCACCUCACCCAAACCACAGAAACCUGUAGGUAAACUACACUACAAAUGCUAUCAAUUGCCACAAUUUUUUUUUUUAUUCCUUUCAGUUGAGGGGUAAAGAAUUAGCAACUAGUAGAGUUUGGACAUAUUUGAGCUUUUUUUAGGGAAAAAAAAGUUCACCUAACUAUGCAAUGGUAAUUCAGCUGGUUCCUGAAUGUUUAGAAUUUAUGGGUUAAUGGACCAUUCCCAGUCGGGUUUUGUUUUGUUUUUCUCUUGAAACCUCAUAUAAUUUGGAGGGUUUUCCUUUUUUUUUUUCCUUUCAUGUCUGUACAAAGAAUCAUCAUUCAUUCCCCUUCCCUCUCUUUCGACUUGCACUUCGUGUUAUCAGCCUUCCUACUGACUACAGGUUUCCCUGCCCCCACUCUGUGGAACUGGGCAGCACCAAUUAUAAUUGUAACAGAUGUUUUGCAUUUGCCAUGCAUUCUGGAAAAGAAAAAGUAGAUUCCUUUCCUCCCUCUUUUCCUCCAUCCUUUUUGGAUCAAUAACAUCAUGUCUCGUUUCUUAAGCCCUUAAAUUCACACUUGAUUUUGUGCCCAGGAGGGAUAGCAGAUGAAUUCCUUCCUGAGUGUCAGGAUUUCUAUGAUGCUUUGGCAAAGAUUUACUCCACACUCUGGGCAUGCAUUGCUUUUGGUCCUUGUAACAUGCAUCGUAGCCAACCCUGCCUGCAGUCGCUUAGAAAUGCUACACAUUCCUAAACUGAUCCCCACAGGCAAGGCUUACAUUCUUUCAGUCUUCCAAAAUAUUUAGAUUUGGAGCUGGCCUCAUCAGGAACUUUUAAAUGACAGGAUUUCAACUGUUCGUGUUUUCUUGCAAGGUAUGCAUUUUCCAACCUAGUGCCCUCCAGAUGUGUUGGACGGCAAAUCUGCGAUGAGAGUUGGAGUCCAGCAGAACCCUGGGAGGGGGAUAUCUCUGGUAAUUGAUCCUUUUUGAAAGUUGUCAAUCUGGCUACAAUUGCCUUGCUGCUAUUUUGUAUCAGGAGGGGUUCUUUCCUUUCCUUUCUUUUUUAAUUUCAUUAAAAUUAGUCAAUGCCAGAAACAAUCCUUCAGAGUUAAAAGAUGUAUUACAAAGUGCAAUCCUUUUUCAUACAGGAGACAGAUGUUUUUCUGAGAGAUCCUCUUUUGUGUACCCAAUAGAAAAGAAAAAGUAUAUUCGUAUAGGAAUUUUUUAAAAUUUAUGGGGAAAAAUAUUUAUUUUUAAAAAGCUUUUCUGUGACUGCCUUUUAUGUUAAAUGUUUUAGAAAUAUUUAAGCAUUAAGUGGGCAGAAGCUCAACAAAAUGAAACCAGAUUUUAAAAUGACAGGCAAUGUACUAAACUGUGGAGUUACUAGCAAGACGGGUUUAGAGAAGGCGAAUAGUGGUGGGAUCUAGUGACCUCUAGUGGUGGUUGCCUAGAGCAGCAUCCCAAAAAAGAGCUGCAUGGGAAAGAAAUACGAGCUUUAUUACAAACGGGAAAGCAGGGUGCAUCUGUGUUGCAUACCUAAAUUGCUAAUUUCAGAGCCUGCUUUAAAUGCAUCUCACUACCAUUUACCUCAGUAGUUCAGGUGUUCAGUCUGAAGGCCUUGAGCACAGCUCCCUGAAGUUGUCGCUCUUCUAAAGUCACCAAAUGGUAUUGUUUGAAAAGACAGGUUGGAUAAACUAUCAAAUAUAGGGAGUCAUGUUGAAGAUAAAUAAUUUCAUUGCAUUUAAAUGUAAGUGAAAUCAAAUAAUCUAAAGCAGUGUUUCCCAACCAAGGCAACUUUAAGGGGUAUGGACUUCAACUCCCAGAAUUCCCCAGCCCA